CUUUAAGUCUUUGAGCCAGAGUGGAUGGUCAGGCUAGUCAACAGUUAUGCCUUGUUCUCCCCUCAGUGUUUGUCACAUAAAGCCAACAGAUGCGGCCUCUGGGGGUGCAGGUGUGUUGGGUGAGCCUUGAGUAAUUAGUCCAUUUUUGAGAUUGGUGGUGGGAGCCAGGUCCCCAGGGGCUCCUGCAGCCUCUGGUGGUUGAGCAGGCCCAGCCAGGGGCUCUUGGCGCCGGCUGUGGCGUUCCUUCUCUAGGUGGUGGUUUCUCCCUCUUAGACACGUGUUCUCUCUAUUUUUUCCGGUUAGUUGAACUUGCUCUGAGUCCAGUGGCAAAGGCAGAGGCAAACUCGGUGCAACACUCUCCACGUGAACAACCAUCUCUUUCCUUCUCUCUGCUGGAGCCCCCAGGGCAGGCAGGCAGCAGGGCACUUUCUGAAAGCUUUACCCAGCUUGACGGAACCCCAGGUGAAUCCACCUGAGGCUGACUUCAGAGUUGUUCCUUCUGGCUUUUACAUUUUUCCUUUUAAAAAUAACUUGGAAGGAUAAAAGAUGUGCCAUGGCAGGAUAGCACCAAAGAGCACCUCAGCGUUUGCCGUGGCCUCCGUGGGACAUGGAAUAUUCCUUCCCCUGGUGAUUCUUAGCACCCUCCUUGGAGACGGACUUGCCUCAGUGUGUUCCCUGCCACCGGAGCCAGAGAAUGGUGGCUACAUCUGCCACCCCCGGCCCUGCAGAGACCCCCUGAACUCCGGCAGCGUCAUUGAGUACCUGUGUGCCGAAGGCUACAUGUUGAAGGGUGACUACAAAUACCUGACGUGUAAGAAUGGCGAGUGGAAACCAGCCAUGGAGAUCAGCUGCCGUCUCAACGAGGAUAAAGACACCCACACGUCGCUCGGGGUCCCCACGCUGUCCAUUGUGGCUUCCACUGCCAGCUCCGUGGCGCUCAUUCUCCUCCUCGUGGUGCUGUUUGUGCUGCUGCAGCCAAAGCUGAAGUCUUUCCAUCACAGCCGGCGUGACCAGGGAGUGUCCGGGGACCAGGUCUCCAUCAUGGUGGAUGGAGUCCAGGUUGCGCUCCCGUCGUACGAGGAGGCUGUAUACGGCAGUUCCGGUCACUGCGUGCCGCCAGCAGACCCCAGAGUGCAGAUUGUGCUGUCAGAAGGGUCUGGGCCCAGCGGGAGGAGCGGGCCGAGGGAGCCGCACCCGCAGGACCAGGGGUCCUGUUCUGCAGGCAUCGAGGAAGAGGCCCCGGGCCAGUCUGGACUGUGUGAAGCCUGGGGCUCUCGGGGCUCAGAGACUGUGAUGGUGCACCAGGCAACCACCUCUUCCUGGGUGGCCGGCUCAGGGAACAGCCGAGCGGCACACAAAGAAGCCCCGGAUUCAGAGAACAGUGACAUACAGAGCCUCGCAUCAGAGGACUACACAGACGACAUCCCACUGUUGAAAGAAGCAUGAGGGCUGCCACGGGCUUCUCUCCUCUCUGCCCUUCCUCCUCUCCCUGUGGGUUUAAGCACCACGUCCUCCAGCCGCCCUGCCCGGGGACCUGAGCUGCCCACCUGUGUGUCUGUAUCUCCGCACCUCUGAGGGCACGCAGGCCCACUUCGCUGGAAACUCCAGGAAGAGUCUCGCCAUCUGCCUGCUGGACGGCUGGAGGAGCUGGCUCCCUGCGCGCCCCAGCUUUUCCACCUGUGUCGGGGACGUUAUCUGAACGUGCUGGGUUGACCCCUUCCCUCCCCGGAGCCGUCCGGUCCCCUCCAGCCAGCUCUUGGGUGGCAGCCCCCCGGCUCCCGUGGCCCGAGCACGCCGUGUUUACUUGUGCCUUCCUCCCACCCCGUCCGGUUUCCCUGUCACGCGGGCUGGUUGCUGUCCUACAAGCCUUCAUGGCUGCGCUGCUGCCCCCCAGGGGGGCCAGGCCUGGAUCUGGCCCAUUUGCUUUGGAGGCUGGCACCACUGCCCUUGGCAGGAGCAGAUCCCAAAGUGGCUUCAGGAGGGGCCAGAGUGUGGGGCCCUGGGCCUGCCAUUGGCUGACAGUGGCGGCGUGCUGCCUCGACUGAGGACGGAGGCUGUGAAAAGUCACCCCGCAGCCAUCCUCACUCCCAGCUGUCUAGCUCAGAGGUGGCAGCUCCUGGCCCUGGUGAGUUUCUGAGAAGUGUCCAGAAGAUCCCAAGGGAGGGGAGGAAGGUGGCUGUUAAUGAUUUGUCUUCCUAAUAUGCAAGUCCUCACUUCCUACUUCAGCAUCUGGCCUUCCUGGCCUUGGUUUUUUUUUCUCUUUCCCUGGAGCCUGAGGGGAAGGUGCCUGCUGCCUCCUGGGUGUGACACCACGUGGCUCUGGCUUCCUUGCCGGCCAGGGCCGGCGGCGUCCCCCAUGGGAUGUGAGAGUUCUGAGAUGCCGUGGGAUGCCCCACUGGUCACUGGCAGUUGGGGGCCAGUGGCCUUGUCGUGGGUUCGUGGUGAUGGAAGGGGGCCUGCGGGGCACCGACCGAGCCCCCAGAUGGCUGCAGGCAGCUCCAGCCUGGUCCUGAGGGUCCUCGUCACCGCAGUCACGUGCCUUAGUAACUGUGCCCGGGAAGCAUGCUGCCGCUUGCUCGCUGCUGCUUCUCCUCCUCCUCCCGCCCUCCCCUGCUGCCUUCCACUCGUCACAGCUGACACACGACCCCCCUGGAGACAUCAGCACACACCCCGACCCGCCGCGUGCGCUUGCUGGUGGGGACGGUUUGGGAGCAGACUGGCUCCAGGGCCCUGGUGUGGAAGGAGUGGCCAGGGCCCUCGCUGGGGCCGCUCCCUCGGCAGGCUGCUGCCUCUAUAUGAGAUGUGGCAUUAGGGAGUGCUUGUUGUUGAUUUUGUUCCUGAAGCGCUGCCCCUCUGCUCCCCCCUGAGCCUGAAAAUACUCAAGCCCAGGGCGUUUUCAGUUCCUGACCUAACAGGGUAGCUCCGGUGGCCUUCUCUCAGCCUUCCGCCCCCUUGCUCAACACUCGCACUUUAUUCCCACUCAUCCUGGCCUCUCUCACUCUUGUAGUCUUCCUUCCUCUCAGGUAAGGGCAGUGCCUGCCAAGCGUUUCUCUCUCUCUCCUUCCCACCUGGCGCCCACAGCCCUGGCCCGCAAGGAGGAGGUGCCUGAGGGAAAGUGCAGAACGGAGUAGGCCUGCCCUUGGCCUCCAAAGAGGCCGUGUCCAGAGAUGCGCCUGCCGGCUGUGGCUGACCCGGGGCCCAUCUGGAGGGCAGGGUCCCCACGACCCCAGUCACUUCAGCCCGCACAGGUUCUGCUCCACCCGUGGUACCCUUGUCUUCCUCCAGAAGGGAGCAAGGCCCUGUAGGGGGAUGGGCUGGGGGGCCUCCAGAGUCUCACUGCUGAGCCUGCAGCUUUCGUUUCCCCAUCUUCCAGCACCUGAACUCGCGUCUAGAAUAUUUUUUUAAACGGGGCUCUUACCCUUUUUUUAUAUAAGUACUCUGGGGGUUUUCCCCAUGAGAUUGCACUUUUUGUUUGCGGUUUAUCCAGCCACAGAGAUGAUCCGCCUGCCGCUUGAAAAAAAUGAAAAAGCCUGCCUUCUGAACUCUUCUUUCACCUUGCCCGCCCACCCUGGGGGGAUCACAAGCCCAGACUUGCCACCUGGGAGGGAGGAGAGAAAAGUUGGGAGGCUCCCCUUCCCUGCUCCCCUGUCCCUGGCUUUGAUGAAGCCUGCCUCCUGGAGGCCCCUGGCAUGUGGGUACCGGGCCAGCCUCACCUCCCUGCUUACCCGCCGUGAUGGCUUCCCGCAGUUAGUUCUCGUCUCCCACAUCAGCCAUGAACUGCUGUUUCUAGAGCUUCUGGCCCUUGUUUCUUGUGAAGGAUCAGGGCCUCCACGGUGGCCUUGGGGUGGGGGCUGGCUGAGAGACAAGGUGGUGUUGGGGGCCACCAGAGGGGCCUGGAGCAGUGGGGAAAGCUGCCCUGGUCUGGCUUCCCCGGGCUCACCUCUAGGGGAACCCAGCAGAGAGAGGACUUGUACAGGAGAACAGUCGGCACCAAAGGACUUUUAAGAAGCGUUUUUUUCUUCUAUUUGCGUACACGGGCUGACUCAAUGCAGGUUUUAUAUCUUGGCAACUUGCAGUCACAUUCCAGUGACUUUCAAGGGCCAGUAUAUGGUGAAAAAUCACUUAAAUUUUCUAACAUUUUCAAUGCCUUAGUUCAGCAGGUAGGCUCUAUCUUUUGCCAUUUUUGAGUUUUGUGUGCUGUGUUCCCAUUUCACUGGGUGUGAACUGUGAAAUGGGCCAAGUCCUGGCCACUUUGUGAGUUCUUUUGGUUUUAUAAGGCAUUUCAACGUACAUCCUCCCAACACUCCAUUUGCAAACAGAACUUAACUCCUGUCUCAUCCCCAUUCUUCCUGCCUGCCGCCUCCUCCCCUCCCCCAGCCGUGAAGCUUCGUGGAGAAGCUGAUGGCCAGACAAAGGUAUACUUUUCCUGCUACGUCAGUGGUGGCACAGGAACCCUAGCACUUGACCUUUCCCCUCCCCACCCCUAUGGAGCUCAAACCACUCGCUUCCCAUAUAACUGUCACUUCCAUUCCCAGGGAGCAUCGCUACAUAGAGAAUGGAAAAUGCUGCAGACAUUUCUAGAUCCUUGCCUGUUUGUUUGUUAUUUCCCCCCCUCUCCUUGAAAAUAUAGGGCCCAGAAGGGAAAGGACACAGGCUUGACAGCUUCAUUCCAGAUGUGCUUGCUGAGGACAGAGUCCAGGAGCUUCCCUGAAGCCUGCCGGGGCUCCUGGCCUUCAGCACAAGGCCUGUUGUUACUGGAGUCCGGUGAGGGGCUCGGAGAGGAUUUUGUGUGGCAGGUUUGUAGACCAAGUGGUAGAGUAGCUAGUUCCCCAGAGAGGGAAGGGCAGGCUCAGCUUUCCUGGGAAGCAACUCCUCUUAACCGCCAGUUGAAAAUCGAGUAGAAUUUCGAACGAGAACCCCAAGGUUGAGUCCUGUGUUAGGAGCUGGGGGAUGUGCCUGGGCAAAACGCUUGGACCAUCAUGCAGGGAGAAGAGAGGGUUGAGGGUGGCCUGGCGGCUCAUCACGCCACCAUGGAGCCUCAGCAACGGUUUCACAUGACACGCGCAUCACUGACUGUGCAGGAUGUCACCCAAUCAGUUUGGGUUUGCUUUAUUUUAUUUUAUAUAUAUAUUUUUUGGUAUCCUGUACAUUGCAGUGGGUGUGAAGAUAGUAUUUUAAUAUUUGUACAAAGUUUAAUUUAAUUUUAAUUGUUCUCUGUAUAUAACUGCAUUUCUAAAUAAUAAUAAUAAAAAAAAAAGUUCUUUUGAA